GCAUCUCUAGUGGUUCCUCUAAAUGUGGUCCUCUAUAUCUCCAUAUAGAUGGUCAUCUAUAAAGAUUCCUUUUUAGAUGAUCUCAGUUUUUCAGUGGUUCCUCUAUAUCUAGGACAUCUAAAUUCUCUCUCAUAUAGUUUAGUAAUAUUUCAAACGGCUAUAUUUCAAACGGCUAUAUUUCCAACGGCUAUAUUUCCAAUGGCUAUAUUUCCAGGUCCAUAUAUACCACCCCUCCCACCUCUCAUCCAACACUCCUCGCUUUUCCUUCUCUCAUCUCUCUUUUGAAUUCCUCUGUCCAACACCGAAAAAUGAUGAAUGGAGAAUUUUCCUCAUUGGAUAUGCUCAUGAAUUCGUCGUCGUCUUCAUCUGAUGACGACGAACUCAUUCUUGCAGCAUUUGGAGAGCGUGAGGAGGAAGAGAAGAGGAAUGCUCGAUGCCAUGGCGGUUCCAAGCAUGGGCGUCAGACAAUUGACCGAGCAAGAGAUGCCGGAUUUGUUCUCCUCUGGAAUGACUACUUCAGAGAAAAUCCUCGCUAUCCCGAACACUUUUUUCGGCGAAGGUUUAGGAUGUCCAGUACUUUGUUUAAGCGCAUAUCCGAUAGUAUACUUGAACAUGAUUAUGAUGGUUAUUUUACGCAAAAAAGAAGUGCUUGUGGACUUCUUGGGUUGCAUCCGUUGCAAAAGAUGACUGCAGCAAUGCGGAUGCUAAGUUAUGGAAUAGCAGCUGAUGGUGCCGAUGAGUACAUCCGGUCGGCAGAAGCUACUAAUCUAGAGGCUUGCAAGAAGUUUGUGAUCAAAAUUUGUGAAAUCUUUGGGGACGAAUACCUGAGGUCUCCAAAUGAAGAUGAUAUUGCAAGAUUACUUGCAGUAGGGGAGGAAAGAGGAUUUCCUGGUAUGUUAGGGAGUAUAGAUUGCAUGCACUGGGGCUGGAAAAAUUGCCCAAAAAAAUGGCAUGGCAUGUUUAAAGGCCAUGUAAAAGAGCCCACAAUGAUCUUGGAGGCAGUUGCUUCAAAGGAUCUUUGGAUUUGGCAUGCAUUCUUCGGUUUACCAGGGUCAAACAAUGAUAUAAAUGUUCUUGACCGUUCUCAUGUCUUUGCAAAGCUAGCAGAGGGUAAAGCUCCAGAAGUGAAUUAUACCAUCAAUGGUCAUCAAUACACAAUGGGGUAUUACCUUGCAGAUGGUAUAUAUCCAAAGUGGGCAACACUUGUGAAAACCAUACCAGCUCCAUCAACCAGAAAGAAGAAAUUAUUUGCUAAAAGGCAAGAGGCGGCUAGAAAGGAUGUGGAACGCGCCUUUGGAGUUCUCCAAGCCCGUUUUGCCAUUGUUCGAGGACCUGCGAAAGGAUGGAAGCGUAAAGAAAUCGGCGAUGUCAUGAAAGCUUGUGUCAUAAUGCACAAUAUGAUAGUUGAAGAGGAGCGGCACACUGGUCGCCAAAAUUACAGUUAUGAGGCAAUGGGAGAAAGAGUCACAGUAUCUCGCACUCACGCAGAAGAGCUGAGUGCUUUCAUUCAGAUGCAUCAACAGAUUAGAAACCAACAUGAUCAUUUUCAGCUUCAAGAUGAUAUAGUUGAGCACCUUUGGCAAAAGUUUGGACACGAGUGA